CACCGCCAUUUCCACCUCAACUCAUACCACCACUACCACUACUUUUAAUAAAAAGGCAACAACAACAGCAACAGCGGCUCAUCUGUAACUGUAACUGUAAGCCCGCUCGCAAGCAUUUCGCAAUAUGGCUUUGGACUUUGUGGCCACCUACAAGGUGUUGGUGCUCGGUGACUCCAACGUGGGCAAGACGUGCAUCGUGCACAGGUAUUGCGAUGAGAAGUACUACGACACAUACAUCUCCACAAUCGGCAUUGACUUCAAACAGAAACUCAUCAAUCUGGACGGUGUGCCCAUAAAGCUCCAAAUCUGGGACACAGCCGGACAGGAGCGCUUUCGCACAUUAACCACGGCCUACUAUCGCGGCGCCAUGGGCAUUCUGCUGAUGUACGAUGUCACCAACCUGGAGAGCUACAACAAUUUGUCCUACUGGUUGCGCAACAUACAGGAGAACGCCUCGCCAGACGUGGUCAAGGUGCUCGCUGGCAACAAAUGCGAAUGCUCAACGACACAGCGCAUGGUGGACAAGGACAGAGGCGAAAAGAUUGCCGAAAACUUUGAUAUGCCAUUUUUCGAGGUCUCUUGCAAAUCGAACAUCAACAUUGAGGAUGCAUUUCUAUCGCUGGCUCGCAAGAUACGCGAACAGCGCGAGAGACGGGGCGACAAUUUCGACAAUGAUGACAAACAGGACAAGAAGUCGCCCGGCUCGAAUGGGCUGGGCACCUUCAGUCUGGGCAGCUUGUCGGGCGAGAAUCGCUGCACCUGCUAAACUCCCUUUCGGAACGCUGGGACACCCAGAGCCGCUGCAGCCUGUUGUCCAGCAGUUGUCCACAACACAUAGCCACUGUACAGCGCCAGCAGCAGCAACCAUUCGUGUAGCCAAGUUUGUGCAAGUUAUUAACAAUAACGCUAAAAGUUAUAAACAAUUCAAGUAAAAUUCAUUUGAAAUGCAUGAGGAGAGUCGAAUCGAGUCGAGUCGCAGCCUAUGUAAAACGUACAGAUUGUGCAUUUUUUAAGAUAGUCCAAGAAUAGCAUAAUAAUUAUAUUAAUAAUAAUGAUUUUUAGCAUAUUCGUGCAAGUACAUCAACACAUUUUUACAUUAACUAACUCGUGUACUCGUUAAGCUAAAUAAGUCUAAAUAUAUACAUAAAUAUAUGUAUUGUAUAAAUCUAUGCGAAUACAAAAUCUGAAUGUAAGCCUGUAACGAUUCGUUACAACUUUUAAAGUGAAACACAAAACUUAGUGAGGUCUCUAUGUGGGCCGGUUUUGCUUGGAUCUGAUCAAUUAUACAUGCAUAAUACAAAAAAAA